UUCGGUUCCAAGUUGGCGCCAUAUGUCAUUGCACUAAAGCCACUUCUCCAUAUCGGGGUUAAAUGCCGCAAUAUAAACAACACGAACAUUAAUAGACACACCCACCCAUUCGGGAACAGCUGAAGGCAGUGCAGAGACACAGAAAGACAGAUCAUUGGAGUACGCAGUGGAGACAUCUUCCCCACCUCUCCGGCCGCCAUGGCAGGUGAUGGAGCAAUCUCCAAAACCAACCUCAAGAGGAUCCUCCUGGUGCUCAACUGCCUCAUCCUCUGUAUCGGGACGACUGGCGGCCCCCUCAUCAUACGUCUCUACUACAUCCAUGGUGGUAAGAGGGUGUGGCUCGCGAGCUGGCUCGAGACAGCUGCCUUUCCUGUCUUCUUCAUCCCCCUUGCCAUCUCCUACAUCCGCCGCCGGCAAAGCUGGGCCACCACCACGUCAGACGGGAGAAGCGGCAGCCCCGCCCCAAGGCCCUUCCGCAUGAAGCCGAUCCUUUUCAUCGCUGCGGUGUUGGUCGGGAUCCUCAGCGGCGUCGACAACUACUUGUAUUCCUAUGGGGGAGCACGCCUCCCUGUCUCCACGUCGUCCCUCAUCAUCGCAUCCCAGCUUGGGUUCACUGCAUUCUUCGCUUUCCUCCUCGUGAAGCUGAGGUUAACGCCGUACUCGAUAAACUCGGUGGUCCUGCUGACUUUGGGGGCGGCGGUGCUGGCAUUGCAUGCUGGGGGUGACCGGCCCGAAGGAGAGUCCAACAGGCAGUACAUACUGGGGUUUGUGAUGAUGGUGCUAGCGGCGGCUCUCUAUGGGUUCAUCCUGCCUCUGGUGGAGCUGAGCUACAAUAAGGCCAAGCAGGUCAUGACCUACUCGCUGGUCAUGGAGUACCAACUCGUCAUGUGCAUAAGUGCCACCAUUUUUUGCACAGUGGGCAUGCUCAUCAACAAAGACUUUCAGGCAAUUCGAAGGGAAGCAAAGGAAUUUGAACUUGGAGAAUUCAAGUACUACUUAGUCCUAGUGUGGUCUGGCAUCCUCUGGCAAUGCUUCUUUCUAGGAACUAUUGGAGUCAUCUUCUGUGCAUCCUCCCUAACCUCGGGGAUCAUCGUCUCGGUCAUGCUCCCCGUGACCGAAGUUCUCUCCGUCAUCUUCUUCAAGGAGAAGUUCAAUGCUGAGAAGGGCGUCUCGCUCUUCUUGUCACUCUGGGGAUUCACAUCAUACUUUUACGGAGAGAUCAAGCAAAACAAGAAGAAGAACCAAAACCAAAACCAGAAUCACGAGACAGAAAUGAACGGCCAUAUUAUCCCUUAAGAGUAUUGUUAAGAGAGAUGCAUGAAGUUGCUAUAGUAGUUAAGUUUUGAUUUGUCAAAUGCUCAAUUUGACCUAUGGAUUGGUCCUUCAGUGGUUGCAAAGGCAAUAAUAGGUAAAUUUUCUACCUAUUUCAAGAGGAAAAUUCAGUUGUCUUAAUAUUAACCACGCGACCCCCAUAAUUUUUUGCCUA